GGGAGAGAAGCGUCCUGGUCCCGGUUGUCGAAGCUCUACGGCGAUUUUGGUAUGUGAACCUCCUGCGAUUUAUAUUUAGAGCUGGUGGUAGUAGUCUUGCGAUUCAUAUAGAGAAGAAUUUUGCUGUGAUUUUCACAUGGAUCGUGAUCCAGAUGCUCUUUGUGUUCCUCCACUGAGGUCUAUGGCUGAUCCUCUGGUUGCUAGGUGCCUUUACUCUGGCAAAGGUUAUAUGAUUCCUUUGAAUCAAUGCAUGGACUACUCUGAGUUGUAUGAAGACAUUUUCCGUACAUUCCAGUUUUUCCCAACUGAUAAUGUUGAGCUUCAGUAUUCAGUCCCAGGUUGUGAAGUCUGUUUUCUGCGUAAUGAUCGUGAUUUCCAGAUGCUGUUUUGCUCUGCCAGGAUACAUAGGCUAGAGUGUGUCGAUAUUUCAAUUUUAAAGGUUGGGGGAGGUUUUAGGAGAAACGGUUCGGUGGAUAGUGGUUCGGAAGUUAUUGAUGAAGAUGAUUAUUUGGGUGAUGCAUUCAGGACUGAAGUUCACAAGACGUAUUUGUCUGAUGAGUGGAGUUCUUAUAUCCAUAAUGUCGGGGAUAAGUUUCAUGGCGCUGUUGAGCUCCGUGAAAAGCUCAGGAAGUAUGCAAUUGCAGUUGGUUUCGAGUUUGUAUUCCUGAGAAAUGAUCUGGACCGUAUUCAUGCAGUCUGUGCAAAUGUUGGAACGGAAGGUUGUGAUUGGCAUCUUCGUGCUUUUUCAUCAUCUGCCAAUGGUUGCCUGUAUAUCACAGAGUUGAAUAAUACUCACACUUGCAAGGGUGUAGUUAGGACUCAAAAACACAAGCUUUUGGGGUCCAAGGUUGUCAAGACUUGCAUUGCUUCUGAUGUUAGUUUUAAUCUUUCAUUGAAGCCAAGGGAGAUUAUGAGCAAGUUUAAAUCAACAUAUGGGUUUGAUAUUUCAUACAAGGUUGCCUUGAAAGCAAAGCAUCGGGCCAAGGAAGCGAUUUAUGGUUCUGAUGCAGACACGUUCAGCAAGUUAUCUUGGUAUAAGGAAGCUGUUUUGCAGAGUAACGUCCCCGGCUCUUCUUUUGUGUUGGAGGUUGAACCAUCUUCAAAUCAUUUUCAGAGGCUUUUCGUAGCUUACGGAGGUUGUGUAGAAGGCUUCCAAUUAUGUUUGCCAGUGUUGUAUGUUGAUGGAACGUUUGGUAAAAGCAUUUACAAGGGGCAGAUUCUGUCUGCAGCUGGAAGGAAUGGGAAUCAAGGUUUCUAUCCUCUAGCUAUAUGUUUUUGUGAUUCAGAGACAGAUGCAAACUGGACAUUCUUUUUCAAACAUUUGAAGAGUCUGCUUGAACCUCAAGGGAGAGUUAUCACAUUUAUUAGUGAUCGAGGUGUUGGAUUGUUGAGCGCUUUCGAUAAGGUUUUUCACUACACCAUAAACUUUCAUUUAUAGCGCUCAAAAAACGCUAUCGUAGGAUAUGAUAGCGUUUUAGUAAACGCUAUGUCUGCCACAGCUAUAAUAGGUCUGAGGUCUAUCAUAGCGUUUCCGCAAACGCUAUGAAAAGAUCAACAUUCAUAGCAUUUUGGAAACGCUAUUGUAUAGACUUUUAAUAG